AUGGCAGGAGUCAUGGACACAGAGGAGGCCAUUACAAUAGCCAUGAAAUGGAUCACAGAGAAGGCCACUAAGGAAGCUACGAAGUGGGCCACAGAAGACCCAAGGAAGCCACAGCAGGACAAGACAAGAGAAAAAUAUACUGGUGAUGACCUGAGGAACACUGAAGGCCUAGGCCCCACUGAUGACUACACUACUGAACCCCUGGUGACCUCUGAGGACUACACCUCGGCCGAUCUGGGGACCACCGAGGACUACACCUCUGCCGAUCCAGGGACCACCGAGGACUAUACCACUGCAGACCUGGGGACCACCGAGGACUAUACCACUGCAGACCUGGGGACCACCGAGGACUAUACCACUGCAGAUCCGGGGACCACUGAGGACUAUAUCGCUGCAGGCCUGGGGACCACCGAGGACUAUACCGGGGCAGACCUGGGGACCACCGAGGACUACACCUCUGCCGAUCCAGGGACCACCGAGGACUAUACCACUGCAGGCCUGGGGACCACCGAGGACUAUACCGGGGCAGACCUGGGGACCACCGAGGACUAUACCGCUGCAGACCCGGGGACCACCGAGGACUACACCUCUACCAAUCCGGGGACCACCGAGGACUAUACCACUGCAGACCUGGGGACCACCGAGGACUACACCUCUUCUGAUCCAGGGACCACCGAGGACUAUACCACUGUAGACCCGGGGACUACCGAGGACUAUACCACUGUAAAGAUGGGGACCACCGAGGACUAUACCACUAUAGACGUGGGGACCACCGAGGACUCUUUUACUACAGACCCGGGGACCACCGAGGACUAUACCACUGUAGAUGUGGGGACCACCGAGGACUAUACCACUGCAGACCUGGGGACCACCGAGGACUACACCUCUGCCCAUCCAAGGACCACCGAGGACUACACCUCUGCCCAUCCAAGGACCACCGAGGACUAUACCACUACAGACCUGGGGACCACCGAGGACUAUACCACUGCAGAUCCAGGGACCACCGAGGACUACACCUCUGCCGAUCCAGGGACCACAGAGGACUAUACCGCUGCAGACCUGGGGACCACCGAGGACUACACCGCUGCAUACCUGGGGACCACCGAGGACUACACCGCUGCAGACCUGGGGACCACCGAGGACUAUACCGCUGCAGACCUGGGGACCACCGAGGACUACACCGCUGCAGACCUGGGGACCACCGAGGACUAUACCGCUGCAGACCUGGGGACCACCGAGGACUACACCGCUGCAGACCUGGGGACCACCGAGGACUAUACCACUGCAGAUCCGGGGACCACAGAGGACUAUACCACUACAGACCCGGGGACCACCGAGGACUAUACCACUGUAGAUGUGGGGACCACCGAGGACUAUACCACUGCAGACCCAGGGACCACUGAGGACUCUUUUACUGCAGACCCAGGGACCACCAAGCAUUACACCACUAAACAUCCAGACACUCGCCCUGAGGGAACAGAUCCAGUUACCUCAGUGAAACCCACUGGGCUGCGGACACCUAUCAGAAUCAUCUUCAUUUCCCUGGCUGCCACCACAGUGGCAAUUGCACUCUUUGUUGGACUUGGCUUCUUUGUGGUGAGUAUUGGCCCAGGAAUGUGA